CCCCACUCUCAAAUAUCAUGUUAUCCCGCAUCUCGCUACCUCUCGCGCGCGCGGCACGAACGCCGGCGCGCACAUUCGCCUCCUCGGCCAGCAUUGCGAAAGACAAACAACGCCUCGUGAUCCUCGGCUCGGGCUGGGGCGGCUACAACUUGGCUCGCAAAGCGGACAAGUCUCUGUACGACGUGACGGUCAUCUCGCCCAACUCGUACUUCAGCUUCACACCGUUCCUGGCGUCGACGUGCGUGGGCACCCUCGAAUUCCGGUGCGCGACGGAGCCAGUGCGGCGGCUCAAGCACGUCUCGUACGCACAGGGCUGGGCGCACUCUGUCGACAUCGCGGAGCGGUGCGUGCGUGUCGUUCCCGCUCUCCCACCGCUGCAUCCCGAUGAGGGAGGCUCGAGCGCCUCAACCGUAGCCAGCGGAUCGAGCGGGGCGGAACGACACGCCCCCGCCUCGCCAGGCGACGCAUACACCCUCCCCUUCGACAAGCUCGUGAUCGCGACGGGCUGCCGCUCCGCCUCGUUCGGCACGCCCGGCGUAAAAGAGCACGCGCAUUUCCUCAAGGACGUGCGCGAGGCGCGCGCGAUCCGUUUCGCGCUGCUCGAGAACCUCGAGAUGGCGAGCGAGCCGGGCAUCAGCGACGCGGAGCGGCGGCGGCUGCUGAGCAUGCGCGUCGUCGGCGGCGGGCCGACGGGCGUCGAGUUCGCCGCCGAGCUGCACGACUUUGUCACACAGGACGUGUACCGCCUCUACCCGCACCUGCGGGGACUCGUGCGCAUCACGCUGUACGACCUCGCGCCCGGCAUCCUCCAGAGCUUUGACCACAGCCUGCGCGCGUACGCCGAGCGCAAGUUUGCGCGCCAGGGCGUCGAGGUGCGUGGCAACAGCCGUAUCGUGUCCGUCAGCAAGGAGUAUCUCGAGAUUGCGCCCAAGGACGGGGACGGAGAGCCGGAGCGCGUGCCCUAUGGGCUUCUCGUGUGGAACACGGGCCUGCAGGCCAACCCAUUUAUCGAGGCGCUGCCGGGCCUCGACAAAGACCCAAAGACCAAGUCACUCAAAGUUGAUCCACACUUGCGCGUCUGUGACACCUCCGGCACGCCGCUGGACGGCAUCUUCGCGAUUGGGGAUAACGCGACCCCGAACGACGGGCACCGCCUCCCAGCGACGGCGCAGGUGGCCUCCCAGAUGGCGGGACACAUGGCCAAGACGCUGAAGCUGGUCGGCCGCGGCGCGCGCAUCGAGAACACUCCGGCCUUCCGCUGGAAAGACCAUGGCAGCAUGGUCUUUAUUGGCGAUUACCGCGCCAUGGUGGACCGCAGCAAGAGCCGCGACGACGGACCUCGGGCGCGGCUUAGUGGGUUCGUCGCGUGGAUCGUGUGGCGAAGCUACUAUGCUACGCUCGCCAUGGGGUGGCGUAACAAGAUCCUCAUCCCCGUAUACUGGACGCUCGCCUUGUUCUUCGGCCGCGACGUCACAAACUUUUAGUGUAUUAGUACAGGACGCUGAGACUGAAGCGCUGCAUUCAGACUGUCGCCCACUACCUCCAUGGCCAACUGAGACCAAACCUUGCAUCGCAGUCUAUCAUGUCAUAUCGCACUCACACACUUACUAGCAUUGCACACGACACCUCCCACCCCCGCACUCACGCGC